AAAUGUAAACGUCUUGUUUACAACUUCCAAGGUUCAUUUGGGUCCCGCGUGUGAUAACUUAUUCAGCUCUUGAAUUGAUUCAUUUCCUGAGCAGUUCUCACCGGGACAUAGCCGUGUAUACUUAUACAGUGAGGAAUACAAAUUAAACAAUGGCUAUCGACUAUUUAAGCUACUGCUAUGCCGGAAUUAUAGUUGCUGGUGGCGUAAUAGGUUACGUCAGAAAAGGUAGUGUACCGUCACUGGGAGCUGGCCUGCUGUUCGGCUCUGUCUUGGGUUACGGUGCAUACCAGCUCAGUGAGAAUCCUUCCAACUACUACCUUACUCUGGGCACGAGCACAGUUUUAGGGGGCAUGAUGGGAAUGCGAUACCUCAACUCCGGAAAGUUCAUGCCACCUGGUCUUAUUGCACUCUUAAGCUUGGCUAUGGUGGCAAGAUUAGGAGCAAGAGCAGCUGGGUUGACUUCUAGUAAGUUGGAGUGAAUAUUAUUAGAUGUAGUGGCUUAUGAGGUGGUGGCACUAUAGGUACCUCUCACUUGCUGGGGUAUUAGCACCUCAUAUAUCAAGGGGGAACCUCCUUUAAAAUAAUUACAGGAUAAAAUGGUGGUUGUUAUUCCUACUCCAUACUGCUCAACCAUCGCACAGACUUAGGAAAGUGUUAUAGAGACCAUAUUUUGCUUGGCAGAAUUGUUCACAAAUUCAACUGGUAUUUUAAUCAAUUUUGUAUACAGUACCAUGUGAAAAUGCAUCAGAAUACAAUAAAAGUGAAUCUAUA